GAAAAGAAGAAGAAAAAAAAACAAUAAAAUUGUCAGAAAGAGAAGGAAAGAAGGAUAUAAGCUGAAAAACAGGAAAAAAAAAAAAAAAAAAGGAACAACGAAAGCAAAAUAUCUUUUCUGGAAUUUUGCGAAUUACCGUCCGUUCUUCCUCCUCCGACCUCCGUCAAUGUCCCCGAAGUCGCCGUCGCACUGUCACCCUCGCGCCUCUUCUACUGCUCAGGCGAAGAUGACGGCGGCGGCGGCGAAAAAUGGGACAUCAGUUUUGGGAGAAGGCGUCGUCUUCGGAGACGUUGGCGCCAUGACCGUCUUGCUCCCCAAGGACAUUGAGCUUGUGGACAAAUUCGACGACCCAGUUCCUUCUUCGUCUCGUUCGCUUCCUGGUCUCCAGUUCCCCGUUCGGCUCCCGAACAUCGGCCUUGCAAUCCGAGAUAUCACGAAGACUAGAGAAGUUGGGGAGUUCCUUAGUGGUGCAUUAGCCGGGGCGAUGUCUAAAGCUGUACUUGCUCCUUUGGAGACCAUCAGAACAAGGAUGAUUGUCGGUGUUGGAUCUAAAAACAUUCCUGGAAGUUUCAUUGAAGUUGUUCAGCAACAAGGCUGGCAAGGGCUGUGGGCUGGGAAUGCUAUCAAUAUGCUUCGUAUUGUCCCCACUCAAGCAAUUGAGCUUGGUACAUUUGAGUGUGUCAAGCGGGCAGUUACUUCAGCACAAGAGAAAAGUAAACAGUCUGAAUGUCCAAGAGUGAAAAUUGGUCCCAUCAGUUUGAACUUUUCUCUUAACUUUAUCCCUCCUGUUGCUGUUGCUGGUGCUGCUGCUGGAUUUGCUAGCACUCUUGUAUGCCAUCCGCUUGAGGUUUUGAAGGAUCGACUGACUGUGAGCCCUGACUUAUAUCCUAACCUAACUCUGGCAAUUGGUAGAAUAUACAAGGAUGGAGGUGUUGGUGCCUUUUAUGCUGGCCUUAAACCUACACUGAUCGGCAUGCUUCCAUAUAGUACGUGCUACUAUUUCAUGUAUGAUACCGUUAAGAGAUCGUAUUGCAAGUCAAAGAAUAAGAAGUCGUUAAGUCGCCCUGAGAUGCUUGUCAUUGGAGCUCUUGCAGGAUUGACGGCUAGCACCAUCAGCUUUCCAUUGGAGGUAGCCAGGAAACGACUAAUGGUGGGAGCUUUGAAGGGUAAAUGCCCGCCGAACAUGGCAGCAGCGCUCUCGGAAGUAAUCCGGGAGGAGGGACUACUGGGAGUAUACAGAGGCUGGGGUGCAAGUUGUUUGAAAGUCAUGCCCAACUCUGGCAUCACUUGGGUGUUCUACGAAGCUUGGAAAGACGUACUCCUCGGUGAAAAGCGGCUUGCUUGACACCCUACUAGUUCACUCAAACAUACAAGUGAAGUCCCCCCGUAAUCCUAUUCCUCCUGAAAUGUGGAAGCUGUGGUGGCUCGACAUUUUGCCCUGCGCCGCUGUUUAUGCCAGAGAUCCACAGUGAGAGUCUUCACAAGCUUAGGGCAAUAAUUCGACUCCGUGCCCUGUUUCACAUCUAUAUGACCAUUGUAAUGAGUAGGCGAGGCCUUGAGGCUUCAAAAUUUUUGGUGCCAAUCUUCUUUUUUCAUGUACCACCCCACACAGGUCUUCAUAGAAUCUGUCUUACCAUCCAUCUCAAUUGCCGAUUUUGCUCCCAUCUUUUUUGUAGUCCCCAAAGAAGCAAAAUUGUAAGCUUACAGUGAUUAUUUAUGUUGAGGUGAAUUAUUCACCCGGUUCAUAGCUCGUCUUUUUCGAAUGCUACAGAAGUUGCCCUUCGACGAAAUUGUCCACAAUGAAUUUUAUUUUAUGCACAUUUGAUUGAAUAGAGAUGAGCAGAGGAGUUCAUGCAAAGCUCUAACAAUAAAUGAGCUGUCUUAUAUGUACAGAAAAAAACCAACUCCCUCAAGUAGUUACAUGGAGAAACGAUGACACAAGAUUUGUGAUUUGUGAAUUGAUUGAGCUUAGCUCGCUAGCGAUCGAAUUCCACAGACGUAAUGUUACUUUGGUCUAACAAAACUGAUUUGAGCUUGGCUGGUUAGCUAUCUGAUUCUGCAGAAGUGCUGUUGCUUCGGCCAAGCAACCAAGAGAGACAACUGCUGCAUGUUUCCGAGUUGUCGGCCAGCAUGUAGAGGCAGAACAUGCACAAUGC